AUGAAAUUAUUAAUAUUCACUUUUUAUUUGGUGAUUCUGAAUUUUGGCGGUAUUAUUGGUUUCCCAUUAGGUGGUGAUACUGCAAAUGAUAUCGUAAAUACAGCAAAAUCAGCUAAAAAUUUUACUGUAAAUCUUUUGGUAGAACCUGAAAAAUCAAGAGAAAAUGCUAAAUUAGAAGAUGAAGCUUUUCCAUCAAGAAUACUUAGUCUUUAUGACAAUACACAACAUAAGGCAACCAGUUUUAUUGAUGCUGUUCCGAUUGUUGACACAAUUACUGAAGAAGAAAAAUACGGUAAUAAAGGUGAUAUGUUCGAUGGUGUCGCACGCUCAAUUGUAUAUGGUUAUGAAGCAUUUUCAAAUUUUAUGAAUAAAUUAAUUGCUGCUCCAGGAUCAGUAAUAAAAUCAUUUUCAAAAAGUUUAAAUGAAAAACUCGAUCUCAUUGGCGGGAAAAUAGUUGGACUGGCGUGA